AUGUCGACCCUCAAGCGCAAAGCAGGCGCCUCUACCGGGAACGAUUCGAAGAAGCCUAAGGCCAAUGGCAACAUUGCCUCAUUCUUCGGAGCAGCUCCUAAGCCUGCUGGUGCUGGUGCUGGUGCUCCCGCACCAGCCGUCAAGUUUGAUAAGGCCAAGUGGGUGGCUUCCUUGAAGCCAGAGCAAAAAGAGCUCUUGCAGCUCGAAAUUGAUACUCUUGAUGAAAGCUGGCUAGCGCACCUCAAGGACGAUCUUGUCACAAAGGAGUUCCUGGACUUGAAGCGAUUCUUGGAUCGAGAAAUCAGCUCUGGCCGCAAGGUGUUCCCACCUAGGAACGAUAUCUACUCUUGGUCCCGUCAUACCCCUUUCAGCAAUGUCAAGGUUGUCAUUGUUGGUCAAGACCCCUAUCAUAACGACAACCAGGCUCAUGGAUUGGCAUUCUCCGUUCGACCCCCAACUCCUGCACCUCCUUCACUCAAGAACAUGUAUAUUGCUCUGAAGAAAGACUAUCCUAAUUUCGAGCCACCACCAAACCGAGGAGGUCUUCUCACCCCCUGGGCAGAUCGUGGUGUUCUCAUGUUGAACACCUGCCUUACAGUUCGAGCCCACGAAGCCAACUCGCACUCUAAUCGAGGAUGGGAGAAGCUCACACAGCGAGUCAUUGAUCUAGUGGCGCAAAAGAGAACAAGGGGUGUUGUUUUCAUGGCCUGGGGAACACCAGCCGGCAAGCGAGUGCAGAAGAUCGAUCGCGUCAAGCAUCUUGUACUACAGAGUGUCCACCCUAGCCCUCUCAGUGCUUCCAGGGGGUUCUUUGACUGCGGUCACUUCAGAAAAGCCAAUGACUGGCUGGUCACACGAUAUGGGCCUGAAGGAGAGAUUGACUGGGCACUCGGACCUGGCACAUCCACGAAAGCUCCAGCGACGGAAGCCGAUGCCAAAGAGGCUAAAUCUGCUGACAAAAAGGCCGAGGUCAUUGAGAAGACUAAGCCUGAAGUGGUGAAGAAGGUUGAGGAGGACAAGGAGAAUGAUGCUUUCGACGAAGAUGAGGAAGCUCUCGAAGAGGCCCUUCGGUUGGCUGAAGAAGAGGAGAAAGAGAAAGAAAAGUAG